UAUUCAAUAUCUUGUGAUGUAUAUUCAAUAUCUUGUGAUGUAUAUUCGAAAUCUUGUGAUGUAUAUUCUAUAAUCUUGUGAUGUAUGUUCGAAAUCUUGUGAUGUAUAUUCGAAAUCUUGUGAUGUAUAUUCAAUAUCUUGUGAUGUAUGUUCAAAAUCUUGUGAUGUAUAUUCAAUAUCUUGUGAUGUAUAUUCGAAAUCUUGUGAUGUAUAUUCUAUAAUCUUGUGAUGUAUGUUCGAAAUCUUGUGAUGUAUAUUCGAAAUCUUGUGAUGUAUGUUCGAUAAUCUUGUGAUGUAUAUUCGAAAUCUUGUGAUGUGUGUUCUACAAUUCAGUGAUGCGUGCAAUAAAAUUGCAUGACGCAACAGAAAAGUAAGGACAAUUUUCAUUGGUUAGAAAUAACGAAAGUAGCUGAAGCGUCGGGAAAACCAUGCAGACGAGCUGAUCGCCAACCAGGAGAUCAGAAUGAUCGCAUCUGCUCCUGCCACUUUAAGGAUGGUAAGAAGGAGGGGGACCCUGCAUAUUUUGCAUGGAAUGAAGGAAAGGCCAUGGAUUUCUCUGAUCCUGAAUGUACAAAAAGGAGGAAAAAACUCAAAAGUGAGGAGUCCCUGUCAUCUUCACAGAUGGACCAGUUGCAGAUUCCACAAGCACCAAAAUGUCAAGAUCAAGAAAAAUUGAUAUCAGAGCACAACUACUCAGUAUCCUGCACAUUUAACUGUACUCAAGAAAUGCAGCGCCUCUCAACAGAAAUACAACUGGAAAAGGAAUUGCUUGCCCUAAAAAUAGAGUCUAGUAAAAGGAAGCCAAUAUCAAUCCACGAUAUUAAAUACAACAAAGAGAAGGUCUCUGAUCAGCAGGGGCAUUUUCUCUAUAUAAGAAGAAAAUGGAGACUCCCUACCCACCCGAUGUAUUUUGUCGGACAGUUUUCUGUACAUUGCAGUCACCAAUAUAUCCAAAUAUCAUCACCGGCCCAGACGUCAUUCACUCCUUUGAAUUGUGCUGGUAGCAGUAAGGUGUCAUCAUUUGAGAUGGUCACAGUAUCCAAUACACUGAAGUCACAGGACUCAAAUUUCAUACAUGUUCACAGGGUCUCUGUCAAAAUCUUUUGAGGAUUUUUCCUCUGCUAGAGCAUCCAUGGAUGCAAUUGAAACAAUCCAGGACAUCCCAACACAUAUGGAUAAUCAGGCCAUGGCCUACAGUAUGUACAAAAGUUGCAUACUUUUAAAGCAGUAACUUGCGUGCCUCCAAAUGGUGCACUUACAUUUUGCUCCAUGCUGUACCCAGGUUCUACUGUCUUCUGAUGUAGCUAUUGUAUGUCACAGCCAAGUUUUACGAAAGUUCAAAGCUGGAGACCUUAUUUUGGUGGUCAAAGGUUUCACCAUUCAUGACCAGUUGCCCCAGGGUGUCUGCUUAAUUAUAAAAGCUCUUUUAUCGACACGAGGCCAGUUUACCAUACAAGAAGCAGCACUGUGUUACAAGAUUGCUAAAGCACUUAUUCAUGUGGAAAGAGCCAACGAGAGGAUAAAGAAUUACGAGAUUCUCCGUCACAUACCAUCUACUUCCAGACCAAUCUCAACAAAAAUAUUUCAACUCUGUUCUUGUCUUGUAAACUUGCAAGCUCCACUUUUGAAAGAAAUUACUUAAAGAUACAUGUACUUAUUAUAAAUUUGCAUUGGCGUGUGACAGUAUACACUAAACAGUGAAGAUAUUCAUACCAAAGUGCAAGGGAUAAGCAAAUUUUGAUUUGUUAUCAAUGUCAAUGGUUAUAUUUGUUAACUCUGUAGUAUGUUGUAAUACAUAUACUUCAGAAAAUGAAAAUCCCUUUUGUUAGCAUGGAUUUAUUACAAGAAUGUUUGGCAAUUCCAUUCUUCAUUUGACAAUAUAAUUUGGAAGAGGGUUUACUUAUAAUUUUAAAUCUCUAGUUUAAAGUAUAUUUACCUUUAAAGCACAACUCAACAAAUUCAUGUUUUCAACAAUUUAUCUAUUAAGAAAGACCAAAAUGUUACAUUUUCACUUUGAGAAUAAC